CCCCCUUUCUCUCUCUCUCUCUCUCUCGAUCGAACUAAGGUUCCGUCCGUCUUCCCCAGAACAGAUAGAGUCAGAAAGUCCAAUACUUGAGAAACAAAAGAAACAAUAUAGAUCGAUCCAUGAUGGGUCUUCUAUGGACUCGGUUUUUUCUGCUUCUUUUUCUCCUCCCGCCUUCUUUGUCCGAUCCGAGUGACGAGCUCUGCCUCACCCACCUUAGCCAGUCCUUGGAGGACCCCAACAAGUCGCUCCAGAACUGGACCAAGUCAACCUUCGCCAACCCUUGCUCUGGAUUAUCCUCAUACCUCCAAGGCGCCACCUGCAACAAUGGCCGCAUCUACAAGCUCUCCCUUACCAACCUCUCUCUCCGCGGCUCCCUCUCCCCCUUCCUCUCCAACUGCACCAACCUCCAGACCCUCGACCUCUCCUCCAACUUCCUCUCCGGUCCCAUCCCCUCCGACCUCCAGUAUUUGGUCAAUCUCGCUGUCCUCAACCUCUCCUCCAAUCGCCUCACCGGCCAGAUCCCCCCUCAGCUCACAUUGUGCGCUUACCUCAACGUCAUCGACCUCCACGACAACUUGCUCUCCGGCCCCAUUCCCCAGCAGCUCGGCCUUCUCGUUCGCCUCUCCACCUUCGACGUUUCCGGAAACCGCCUCUCGGGUCCCAUACCCACCUCGCUUGGCAAUAGGAGCGGCAACUUGCCCAGAUUCAAUGCGAGCUCCUUCGAAGGGAACAAGGAUCUUUACGGGUACCCUUUGCCCGCUAUGAAGAACAAGGGGUUGUCAGUCAUGGCCAUUGUUGGGAUCGGACUGGGAAGUGGGUUAGCCAGCCUGGUGCUCAGUUUCACUGGGGUGUGUAUAUGGCUCAAAGUUACCGAGCGCAAGAUGGCUCUGGAGGAAGGUAAAAUUAGUCAACUUAUGCCUGAUUAUUGAUCAAAGCUUGCAAUUUCUGGAUAUAUUCGAAUACUAGGGAGCUGAAGAAAUUGAGAGUGUCAGGUAUGUUUUAAAUAUAUAUAUAUAUAUAUAUAUGAGGAU